UAGAAUUAAAAAGAACACACACUACAGCAAUUAUGCCAUACAGAUAUAGUAUAUUCAAUUAAAAUUACUUUUAACAUUUUGUAUAUCUAGUGUUGAAGUGUUUCAAUAAGCUUAAAUUACGAGGAAGUAAAACCCCUCUAUAAAUUGCCUACAAGAAGCAAACACAGAGAUGAAAAAUAGAAAAGAAAUAGAGAGAUGACUACUUCCUUACCCGCUAUAAUGCGCCUAACUCCGCGUCCACUAUACUACGCCGGUCUCCGUCUUCGCCUCUCUUCGCCGUCUAAUGUCUGAUCUUUCUACGACUCCUUCAGUCCUUCACACAUUCAAACAAGAACCUUGUCCGUAUGUGCAAAUCCAAAAUGGGCGUCAAUGCUUCAGAGCCAACUCGAACACGAUCGCGAAGAAGACAAAACUCAACGAAACAGUCUCCGUCAACGAGCACAACCGAUACAACCACAACAAACACAGCAACAAGCUCGACCUCCAACCAAACCGCCGCCACCUCCUCCUCCUCAUCCAUCGCAAGCGGAACAUCCCUCGCUAGUCUCCGACAAUCCUUACCCGAAAACCCUCACAUAUACGACGUCUCCGAAAUUCGCGCCGCCACCAACAACUUCCUCGCUCACCGCUUAUCCUCCUCCUCAUCCAAAGCCUCGUGGCGAUGCACCUUACGUGGGAAAGAAGUUGUCGUCUUCCAAAGAAAGUUCCGGCGAAAAAUCGCGAAAGACGAGCUCAAAGAUCGCCUCUCCGACAUCUGCCGGAGCCACCACGGGAGCAUCAUCAACCUCCUCGGGGCUUCAGUAUCCGACCACAUCUACUUAGUCUACGAACACGUCAACGGAGCCUCCCUGGCUAACUGCUUAAGGAACCCCAAGAACGCUAACUUCACCGUGCUAUCGAACUGGACCUCAAGGAUCCAGAUCGCGACGGAUCUAGCUCACGGUCUCGACUACAUCCACAACAAGACGGGGCUAAAGAUCGAGAAUCUUGUUCACAACCACAUCAAGAGCUCGGCGGUGAUCGUGACGGAGCCCGAUUUCAACGCCAAGAUCUGCCACUUCGGCACCGCGCAGCUCUGCGGGGAAACAGACGGAUCGAGAGAGUCCAGAGCCGUUAGAUUCGAAGGAGUGAGGGGAUACAUGUCGCCGGAGUUUCAGGCUUCGGGGGUUGCGACUCAGGAAUCAGACGUGUUCGCCUUCGGAGUCGUGAUGCUUGAGCUUCUCUCUGGGGAGGAGCCGUUGAAGUAUAGGUAUGAGAAAUCGACCGGGGAUUUUGAACGGACUUCGGUGAUUGAAACGGCGAAAGCGGUGGUUGACGGCGGAGAUGGUGGUGAUGUAGAGGGGCGGUUGAGGAGGUGGGUGGAUCGGAGGUUGGGGGAUUCGUUUCCGGUGACGGUGGUGGAGAAGUUGAUGCGGUUGGCGUUGGAGUGCGUGGAGGAUGAGGCGGUGAAUCGGCCGGAGAUGGGAAGAGUCGCCGGAAAGAUAUCGCAAUUGUAUUUGGAAUCGGAGAAAUGGUCGGCGAAUAUGAAACGGCCAGUGGAUAUCACCGUCUCCUAUGCUCCCAGAUGAGGAAUGUGACACGUUCAGUUUUAAUUAUUUUUCGUUAUUUUUUUCAUAAUUUGUAUAGAAAAAUUUGGAGAGAUAACAAUAGUUAAGCACGUAACAAAAAAUGUUCUAAUCUUUUGUGUAUAAACUAGAAUAUAUACUAUCAUAUAUUUUUAUCUUCCUA